ACCGGAAGUAGCCUUUACCUUGAUGCUAACGGCUGCUAGGAUGUUAGCUUCUCGCUAACGGCCGCUAGGAUGUUAGCUUCUCUCAGAACGGUUUGCCGCCGUUUCGGGGCUCGCUGCCUGUUCGGUUUCAGGCCGCUGCUGCAGCAGAAGGAACCGUUGAAGAGUCCGGGUAGCCGUCGCUGGAAGUCGGACCCGAACACAGCAAGCCUUCGGCCACUAGAGGGCGUCCGGGUCCUGGACCUGACCAGGGUUCUGGCCGGUCCGUUUGCCACCAUGAUCCUUGGAGACCUUGGAGCAGAGGUGAUCAAAGUGGAGAGACCAGGUGGAGGCGACGACACCAGAACCUGGGGCCCUCCUUUCAUCGGUUCUGAGAGCGUCUAUUUCCUGAGCGUCAACCGGAACAAGAAGAGUCUCGCUGUGGACCUGAAGCAUCCCAGAGGAGCAGCCAUCAUCCAGGAGCUUGCAGGUGUGUGUGACGUGCUGGUGGAGAACUUCCUGCCGGGGAAACUGGAUCAGAUGAGUUUAGGGUUUGAAGAUGUGAGCAGACAGAACCCGGGACUCAUCUACUGCUCCAUAUCAGGUUACGGACAAACCGGUCCUCUGUCUCAGAGUCCAGGAUACGACUCCAUCGUCUCAGCCAUGUCAGGCAUGAUGCACAUCACCGGGCCGGAGGACGGGGAGCCGGUGCGUCCUGGUGUUGCUAUGACGGACCUAGCAACGGGUCUGUACGCACACGGAGCCAUCAUGGCCGCCCUGCUGCAGCGGCUCAAGACGGGGAGAGGACUUCACAUCGACUGUAACCUGCUCUCCUCUCAGGUGUCCUGUCUCAGCCACAUAGCAGCUAACUAUCUGAACGCAGGACAAGAGGCACAGCGCUGGGGGACAGCCCACGAGAGCAUCGUACCUUACCAGGGCUUCAGAACCAAAGAUGGACACAUCGUUGUCGCUGCAGGGAACGACCGACAGUUUGUGCGUGUGUGUCAGGUUCUGGAACUGAUGGAGCUCACAGAAGAGCUGAAGUACAGAACCAACAGGCUCAGAGUCCAGAACCGCAGACAGCUGCUGCACGUUCUGUCCCAGAGGUUCCUGCAGGAGAACACCGCUGAUUGGCUGAAGAGGUUCCAGGGCUCAGGUGUUCCUGUUGGACCAAUCAACAGCAUCCAGGAAGUGUUCUCAGAGCCUCAGGUGAGACACAACGGACUCAUCCAGGAGAUGGACCAUCCCACAGCCGGACACGUGGCUGUUCCUGGGCCAGCUGUCAUCUUCAGCAGCUUCUCUCCAGCUGGGCCCACACCCCCUCCUGUGAUUGGUCAGCACACAGUGCAAGUGCUGAGGGACACCUUGUCCUACAGUGAUGACAUCAUCAAAGAGCUGCUGGAGUCAAAGGCUGUGGCUCAGAGUGAUGCGUUGUGAUUGGCUCACAGAGCAGGAGAUGGGUUCAGAGAUAUAAUGAUUUCAACGUAAGAAAUGCACUUUUCUGGUUCUUUGGAAUAAAUUAUUUUAUCUGCCAACAUUUGAAGUCAAAUAUUUUACAAUCAUAAUAAUGUGGCAUUAAGGAUUGACUACAUAUGUAUUAAAUGAUCAAUAAGAUGUGAUAAUCUAUAUAAAUAUUAAUUAUCAAUCUGAUUGGUCUUUGAAUGAUUAACCAGAAGACUUCAGGUUCUUUGACUUAUUCAGGGAACACACACAUCAUAUUAAUUCAGACUGAGUCAAGAAUGUAGUUAUAAAAAUGAUUUUUAUUCUGUUUUCCUAAACUAAAUGAUUGUACUUGACAAAAUGAUGGUUGUGUAGAUAACAGAUGAUGGAUGGAAUGGAGCUAGAUGCUUUAGCUAACUCUUAAUCUUCUAUUUUUGAAAUUUAUUAUUCAUGUUAUAUGUAGCACAUUAGUACCGAAACAAGUUCCUAGUUUGUGAACUGCUUGUUCACUGACAAUGGCAAUAAACCUUUCCUGAUUCUGA